AUGGGCCAGCAAUGUGGGUGCUGCACGCCUUCAAUCGAGAAGGACGACAUACCAGAGGUACCCUUGGCUUCGCAGGCUUCGCAGGCUGCUUCGAUCCGCACGAACCCUCCGGCUCUGUCUGUUCCUGAAGUGGCUCAGGCGGGCUAUGGGGAGAGCUUCGCAACGCUUGCCACACUGGUGCCUGACCGAGCCAGCUUCCGGACCUUGGUCCCGGAUCGUGGGAGCUUCAGCACCUUGAUCCCGGAUAGGAAGAGCUUCGAGACUCUACAGCCAAGCCGGCUGAGCUUCGGCACUUUGCUACCUGACAGGCUUAGCUUUCAGGCACCCCUUCCUGAGGAGCCGGAACACGGUUCCGAGAGUUCAGAGAAGGGCGAGGUUCGGGCGAAUCUCUACGCGGAGUCUCUGGAGGCCCAAGCUGUUCAAGCUUCAAAGGUGGUGCCUCCUCCAGCUCGCGGCUUUCUAGGUCGCUUUGCGUCGAUUCGCAAGUCCUCGGCACCAUACCGAGGAAGUUGA